UAGCUGUGAGCAUGUUAGAGGUUUAGAGAAGACAUUAGUUAAGGUUACAGAUGAGGGCUGGAUCUCAGUGGCUCAUUAGUUUUAUUUGAUGGUUAUUGCAGCACUAAAAUACACGCGUGUAAAACGCUAAAUAUCAGAUCCGUUUAUAAGAGUGCAGGAUAACACCUUCUUUAAAUGCAAGCUUUUAACCUGAAGUUAAUUUAAUCUAAAAACAGUUACUGAUAACUUUAUUGUUGUAGGAAAAUAAACAGUGAGCUCGAAGUUGAUUAUUUUCCGAGAAGAACACGUUCUGAAGUGUCUUAUUCCUCCAACACCACAGCAAUGUGUCCGCGAUUACAAGGGCUUGUUCCUGAGAACAUAAGAAGAGCCACCUUUAAAAGGAAGACGUGUUCUCCAUCAUGGCCUCCACCUCUGAGGAGAACGUCCAUGUAGAGGAGGUGGUGGUGGUUACAACAACGCGGGACAGCGCAGCUCCGAGUCUCUCAGUGGAGGACAUGGAGACCGCAAACCUACAGCAGCCUGAGGUGGAUAAUAUGGAGCAGAGUUUAGAGUCUGAAUCCAGUCCUGCCAUCUCUCUGCCUAAAGAAGCAGUGCUUGUGAAGCUUUCAUCAGACAUGGAUGUAGAAACAGACAUCCUUUAUCAAAUAACCUGCGGAGACAGCAAGGCCGACCUGGUGUGGAAAAAAUUCGUCUGCCCCGGCAUCAAUGUCAAGUGUGUGCAGUUCAACAAUCACCUGAUCAGUCCAAAGGAGUUUGUCUACCUGGCUGGAAAAUCCACUCUGAAAGACUGGAAGAGAGCGAUACGGCUCAAUGGGACAAUGUUAAGGAGGAUCAUGGACUCUGGUGAACUGGACUUCUACCAGCACACGAAGCUGUGCUCCAACACUUGUCGCAGCACUAAGAUCGACCUGGUGGGGACGCGAGCAUCUCUCACCAGCCAGACGUCCACCGAGACCGCACCGACUCCAUCUUCUACUGAUGUAAAUGGAUCUACAGCCACAUUUACAACAGAAACCUCAGAAGACAGCACUGAGUGGGUCACGGCUAUAGGAGAGGACACCAUGACCUUCUGGAAAGGUCUGAAGGACGCCGGACUGCUGGAGAACAUCAUGGAGGACCUGCAGAAAGAGAUCGAGGAUAUCCUCAAAGGCCUGGAGGAACGUAUCCAUGAACCACCGCUACAGGUCAAAGAUGCAGCUCUGCUCAACAAUAUCGUUCAGAAUUUCGGGAUGCUGGAUCUGGUGAAGAAAGUGCUGGCCAGCCACAAGAGCGAAAUGGAUCGCUGCAGGGAACAGUACACUCAGAGCUUAGCAGCUCUGGAGCGCCAGUGUGACGAACACCGCAAGCGCGCCAAGGAACUGAAGAGCAAAUCCCAGCACCUCAAUAACGUCCUCAUGAACCUGACCCCUGUAACCACGCCCCCAGCUCCCAAACGCCCCCGCCUCACGCGUGCCAUCUCCGGACCCGCCUCGGUGAUGGCCCCACCUGCUCAGCCGGCCCAGUUCACUGUGCCCAUCACCCAGCUUACAGGCAUCCCACUGGACAAAAUCCUGUCAGCCGUGGGAGGCUCCUCCCCUAAUCAGGCACCCUUUAUAGGGAGCUACACUGUCCUGACAUCUCCAGGAGGAGCAGAACUGCAGUCAGACUCGUCCAAUCUCACCGUGUUGAGCCCGGAUGCAGCAGGAGGCUCCACCAUUGUUAAAGUGCUCAGUCCCUUUCAGCUGGUCACGCUGCCCACUUUGGGAACCGGAGCCACACUGCAGAACCUGGCAGCAGCAGCAGGGGGAAGCACUAUCGUGACAGUACCUGUUAGUACCGCUACAGUGGAAACACUGGGAGCUCAGGCAGAGGAGACGGCAGAGGGGAACACUGAGCAGCAAAGCAAAGACAAGCAAUAAAGUCCAUAAGACCUGGAUAGAAAUUUGCAUCAGUUUUUCAAAGAGAAAAAAAGUUUAUUUAGUCUAAUUAGAAGGUGUGUGCGUGCGUGUGCACUUUUUCUGAUACAUUUCGUGUUUUGCACUGAAAUCUUGCAUUCGUUUGAUCUCAUGUUGGAUCGCUAAAAUUAUUUCAUUUAAAUUUGUUCCUGUGCUUUGUUCAUUUUACUUGUCACAUAACAGCUACCUGUACAGGAUGGUGAAAGUAAAAAUGCCACAUCUUUCACACUGGUUGGCAUUUAGUGUCAUAAAAAACUGAAAGUAUUGACAAGGCAAUUGGCAGAGCUCCCUUUAAGAAAAUCUUAACCUCAGCUCGCACAGCAACACAAAAGAUGGGCCUUCAUUUCCUUGCCGCAUAUUAGUGCGAAUGCACAGUUACUCAGUUCUUUGCCCCACCUCACUUGAUCAGUCAGUGUCAUAAAACACACAUUGUUACACCCCAUCGAGCUCCGAACCCUCUGGAAAAAGCCGUUCCACCAUCACCCCUGCACGAACGUGCUCGGAGGAGAGAACUAAUGACUUUCUAUUUCAUCAUUUCACUAAUGUUCUGUUUAAGGUCCAUUUCUGAAUUUUAUGCUGUUUGUUUAUAUGAGCAGGAAAAAAAAUGGGGUCGAUUCAGUGUGUUUAUGGUAUUCAUGUGUAAGCAUAGUGCUCUAUUCUUACUAUGAAUGCUUUGUAGAUUGCGUGUUACUGAUCAGUGUUAUUUCAUAGCUUUCAUCUGAUUAAAAGGAUUUUAAGAAAACCUGUCGCAUUCUUAGAUGUUUAUUUUUAGGGACAUGGCUGCAGUUUGUGUUUGCUCUUUGCCUCUUGGCUAAAACUUCUGGACUGGAUACCAAGUUUAUUCCUGCUUAUAUCAAAAACAACAGAGCAGUACUCGCACCAGAUUUUCA